GUUUGUGUGAAUUCAAAGUACGGCAGAAUGGAAAAUGCCAGCACAAUCGGUUUUUACCGGCAAGUGAAUCCUGUUUACUGAUGAUCAAAUUCGAGAAAGCAAAAUUUACCGCUGCCUGAUACAAAAGCACCGUGACGAGCAGAUUUGCAUAGUGCGAAAUCCGUUACCAAAAAGCCUUGUGAAGACCAGCAGAAUUACAGUACAGAUCAGACGUAACCUUAACCGCUUUUUGACCUGCUUUAUCAGCUUUUGUGCAGCAUUUAGCGGGCUUUUGACUACGCAAGCAGCAUCCGGAAGCUUUCUUGGUUUUUGGAUACAGAUUACUGGGCCGGACCUGCGCUACGUCCGCGUCUAUUUAAACCUUUCCAGUGGCCUCCAUUUUGCCAUUUGCUUGACUUUCUUGAUCAGUACAAGCAAACUCUUUACUUUAUCGUUUACGUUAAAAAGUUGGAAAAAUGAUGACCUUUGCAGUUUGUCUCAUCCUGUCGGCCCUCGGUGGCACGUUGGCGGCCAGCUUAGUGAAGCUGCCGCUGUCCCCUUCGGAGAUGUGUGACAAGAACACCACCAUGACCGGGAAGACCUGCUCACCGGAUGUCUGCACCGUGGCCAACUGCUCCAUCAUUCCCGACGCCAUCUGUGUCGCCGACAAGUGCGGAUGCCGGGCACGUUUCUUCCACUUCACGGCCAAGGAGAAUGUCUUCGCUGAAGUGACGCAUCUCUGCAAGGCAGCUCAUGAAAUCAAAGUGGCCGGCCACUUCAUGAUGAAGGUCAUCGCUAACGACGAGACCGCUGUCAACACCGUGGCCAAGAACCCGGAAGUGCUGUUGAAGGUCUUCAAGGGCCUGAACAUCCUGACCGCCGAUGUACUGCGUGUCAUCGCCGCCUUCUUGAAGAAUGAAAUCAAGGAGCAUCCGACGGAAGCCACCCUCCAACGCUACCAGACCGCCAUCGAACAGCUGAAGGCGCUGGAGAAACAUAAAGACAAGAAAAUCAGCAAUGACGAAAUCUCGGAAGAUGCGGAAGUGAGCGAUGAAGUUUUGGAGGAACGCCACGGUAAAAUCAAGGAGUGGAUCAAUAAGUUCGACCAGGGUAACACCAACGAGAAGCCUAUCACCGACACCGCAAAGGCCGUUUCCAGUGGGAGCAACGAUGAAUCCAGUGGGAGCAACGAUGAAUCCGAUGAUGAAUUAAUGGAGCGUGCUAAGGGCAAGCCACAGCCGGCACCCGCUCAGAAGACCAGCAAAACCGACAAAGUCAACGCCGCCGCUAAUGUCGCCCAGACCGCUGCCGACAUCCAUGAGAAGGUUAAGGGCCAGCAGGAUCACACCGUGUUCGUCGAUGACGAAAUGGUCGAGCGUAUCAAUUUGAAAAACAUUGUGAAGGGUGUUGGCACUGUUGCGGAUCUUGUUGGAUCGUUUCUUGAUGAAGAGCCAGUGAUGUUGAUGGAUGAACAGACCGGCGCGGCGAUCAGUGUUCCCUUCAGCGCUUUGGACUUUGGCGCCGACUAUGAAGAUAUGAGCGAGCGAAAGGUUGAUUGGAAGAAAGUCGUGGGCGGAGUCGGUCAGGCUGCUCAAGUUAUCGGCCAGUUCCUUGACGAAGAUGUCUUGUUCGUUAUCCGCGAUGGAUCCCGUACCGGCGCUAUGGGUCUGGAUCUCUUCAAUAAAAUCUGGCGUCCUACGACCACUGACACCGAUAGUGGCACGAUGCAGGACGAAGGAACUGGCUUUGACAAUGAUGAAUACAUGAUGGAUUUGGAGAUUGCUGACGGAGUCGCGAACUUGUCCUUGUAAAGUGUAGCUUAAAAUGUUUACGGCGAAAUUGGCGCUGGCGCCUGUUAGUUUGUUUUGGAAACGUGAAAUUGGACUUACGAUGUACAGAAAAGUUUUUAAUCAUUUGUGCGAGGAUGAUGAUUGCUUGAUAUU